UGUAAUUCUGUAAUAUAUCACAGGACCUCGUAAAACCGACAUUUAAACCUUCUGGUCUACAAAUCACGGGUCAAAUUAUGAGUUCAUUGUAUUAUGCGAACGCGUUGUUUUCCAAAUAUCAAGCGGCAAGUUCGGUGUUUCCAAGUGGGGUUUUUCCCGAGCAAACUUCUUGCGCUUUUGCGUCCAGUUCCCAGCGAGCCAACGGCUAUGGCUCCAACUCCGGCGGCGCCUCAUUCUCCACUACCUCCUCAGCCUCCUCUCCGCUGCCGGGGCUGUACAGUACCGGAGGAGCCUUGUCCAGUCAGAGCCAGAGCACGUACCCUGCAGGCUAUGGGUUCACCACUGGCCCACUAAACAUGCACUGCUCCCCCUUUGAUUACCCGGGUCUGGCAGCGAAGUGCACCGUAGAUCCGUCCAAGGCGCCCGCUGGUUGCAGUAAGCCAGACCAGCGGAGUUGCCAUCAACAAAACGAAGACAACCUCAGAAUUUAUCCCUGGAUGAGAAGUACAGGUGCGGACAGGAAACGAGGCCGACAGACCUACACACGCUACCAGACCUUGGAGCUGGAAAAGGAGUUCCACUUCAACCGCUACUUGACCCGGCGGCGGCGCAUCGAGAUUGCGCAUGCGGUGUGCCUCACAGAACGUCAGAUCAAAAUCUGGUUCCAGAACCGACGGAUGAAGUGGAAGAAAGAGAACAAAACAGCGGGAUCAAGCUCUCCUACUACUGACGCGCCUGGCGGAGAGGAGGAAGAAGAGGACGAGGAAGAGUGACGGCGGCAUUGCGUGAACGGAGCGGGGCUCCAGACAGACUCUAAUUGUGAAACAGAAAUCCUUGUUGUCCUCAGUUUGUUCAACACUGAGUAAAACUACAAUUAUACUACCUAAUAAGAUAUUGUUGUUGUUCUGUAGAUGUGCAGGUUGAAGUCCCGUGUAGGCUGUAUGAGCAAUAGUCAAAAGACCAAUUGGUUUUGCACAUAGCAUAGCCUAUAAAAUGCUAUAUAAAAAAUGACCAUUCGAUUUUUUUGUUAAAUAAUGUUCAGAAUGGCUGUGCUUUCUUAUAUUCAGUUGAUUUUUUUUUUUUUUCGGAGGGAAAAUGCAAAAAGGGACUCUUUAUAAAACAUUUAAAUAGGCUAACAGGCAAUUUUUCUCUUUCUGUGUAUUGAUUGAGAUAUUUUGUGCUUUUCUUCAAGUAGCAUUUCUAUAUUGAACGAUGAAGGUAUUUGUGACAAAAAUAUGUACAGUGGACAACGGGAUAUGAUUAUAUUAUUAUUAUUAUCUUCUUUUUUUUUUGGGGUCGUUGUGAAAUGUUAUGUGCGCUCCAAUUAAAAAACGAAAAAAAAGAAAAGAAAAAAAAACUGGAUCAGACUUAAGUGUUCUGGAUAAUUCAAGAAACCUCUAUUAUGUUUUGUGCAUUCUUAUAGAUUUGCAAGCUGCAAUCAUGGAUGACGAUGCAGGGAAAUGGUUGUGAUUGCCAUAUUAUUCAGGUCGCUUAGCUUCAGGAAUUGUUCAAAUAUGUUUGCAUGAACAGUUUGCAAAUAUGCAUAGUAGUAAGGAUAUUUUAAAGAAAGGGUAACAAUAUUAAGUAUAGAAAAUCUGAUAGUCUAGACCACCAUAAGUAAUAUAACCAAGGCCCCUAAAC